AUGCUACUACCCCCUCCCCGUCGAAUGAAGCUACCCCCUGCUUCCCGCAACCAGGAAGGUACUAUCCCUAGUCCGGUGACCAUGAUGACCAAUCUCUCCUCUCAAAAGUUCGUGCUCUUUGCCACUUGCUUGGUGUCCGUUUCGGAUAAAUCUGGCAGACUUGUUACUUGUCGUGCACUGUUGGAUUCAGCUAGUCAAGCCAGUUUUGUGACAGAUUCCUUUGCGAAGAAAUUGGAGCUUCCAAGGUCUCUCUCUCCGACACCAAUUCAAGCCCUCAACCAAAUGUCGACGUCUGCGUUAGGGAAGGUUGUCCUGAACGUGAACCCCUCCCAAAGAAAAUCCCCUGCUCUCCAUAUAGAGGCUUUAGUUAUUCCAUCUAUUUGUGAUAAGGUACCCUACCAGGGGCAGAGGUUUACGGAGAUAUUUGUUUGCCUGGAUUUAGAAAAGGACAGAACGGUGGCCCAUGCGCUUUUCGGACCAUCUUCGGAUGGUUUUUAUACCACUGUGAGUACUGCUGUGGAUGUUUCUUUGAAGAGAUUUUGGGAACUCGAGUCCGUCCCUUCAAAGACCUUUAUGUCUCCUGAAGACAAAUUGUGUAGAUACGUCGUAUCCUUACCCUUUAAGGAUAAACACUCUUCACUUGGUGAAUCUUACCCUCAAGCCCUUAGGCGAUUCCAGUUGUUAGAGGCGCAUUUGGCCAAGAACCCAACUUUGCGAUUAGCCUACAACGAGUUCUUGAGAGACUAUUGGGAACAAGGUCACAUGGCACUCGUUAGCGACCUGCCCCCCUCACCCCAAGGUUACUACAUUCCUCAUCACGCCGUCUGGAAGCCACAUAGCGAACCCCUUAAAUUGCGUGUUGUGUUUGAUGCUUCAGCUAAAACUUCCAACGGACGGUCUCUGAACGAUCUUCUAUUUACGGGUCCCAAGCUCCAACCCGACAUUGGAGCCAUUUUGCUCAUCUUUCGACUGUACGGUGUGGUUUUCACCACCGAUAUUCGUCAGAUGUAUCGUCAAAUCCUAGUAAGUGACGCCGACCACCUCUUCCAGCUGAUUCUGUGGCGUUUCGAUCCCCGCGAAGCAGUGCGAGAGUACGUCUUGUCAACGGUGGUCUAUGGACUAAGUUGUAGCCCAUACCUGGCUAUUCGCGUGUUGCGUCAGCUUGCUCGGGACGAAGGAGCGCGUUACCCGUUAGCAGUCCGUCUCCUAGAUUGCCAAACCUACAUCGACGACAUUAUCGGAGGAACAGACUCGUUGGAGGAAGCCCGUGAGUUGAGGGAUCAAUUAGUAUCGCUGCUAAAAUUGGGUGGUUUCGAGUUGCGCAAAUGGGCGAGCAACUCCCCCGAGUUAUUGAGUUCACUCCCCGCUUCACAUCAUCAACCCGUUUCCCUAUGCGGAGACGACAAUCCCAGUUUAAAGGUGUUGGGAUUACAGUGGUGUCCCUUACGGGAUGUGUUCUCCUACCGCAUCCAAGUAGCGGAUAGGACGUGCACAAAAAAGAAUAUUUUGUCGCAAGUAGCCCAAAUAUACGAUCCCCUAGGUUUUUUAUCCCCGGUCGUGUUGACUGCCAAAAUUCUCCUACAGAGGCUUUGGUCCCAGGGCGUCGAUUGGGAUGCACCUCCCCCCCGCGACAUAUUCGAAGAUUGGAGUUCGUUUUCGUCUCAGCUGGGUAGUCUUUCUGGGCUGACAAUCCCUCGUCGGGUACUGCCUAGCAAUGGCGUCCAGGUGGAGACGCACGGAUUUUGUGACGCUUCGGAAUGCGGAUACGGUGCAGCCGUGUAUCUGCGAAGCGUCAGAGAGGACCAUAUCUCUGUCACCCUUCUGUGUGCAAAGAAUCGGGUAGCGCCUUUGAAGCGAGUGUCGAUCCCCCGUCUGGAGUUGUGCUCAGCGUUGCUGCUCGCCCAACUCGUAGAUUUCGUCCGAUCCGCUAUAGCCUCUGAGUUGACUAUCACGAGAGUAUUCGCCUGGAGUGACUCCAAAAUUGCGUUGUCUUGGAUAAAGUCCUCCCCCCACAGAUGGAAAACUUUUGUGGCCAAUCGCGUGUCCCUCAUUCAGGACAUCAUUUCCCCCAGUUCCUGGCAUCACGUGGCCGGUUCAUCCAGCCCUGCUGACUGCGCAUCCCGAGGGCUCUUCCCCGAGCAAAUAUUAAUUCACCCCUCUUGGUUCUGUGGUCCCCCCUGGUUGCGUCUUCCGGUGGAAGAGUGGCCCACCUCCGACUUCACCCCCGGAGACGAUCUGGAACUGGAACGAUACGUCCAACGUGAGGUGUUCGCCGGUUUGCUGAAGUGUCUUCGAAACGGUAAACUGUGCCCCAAACCUUUACGCUCCCUAGCGCCCUUUAUCGACGAGCACGGUCUCAUUCGAGUCGGUGGCAGACUCCGAGGUUCUGCGUUGGCUUUCGACGCAAAACAUCCUCUUCUACUACCUCGAGACCAUCGCUUUACCGAACUCGUGAUCGAAAAGUUCCAUAAGGAAAAUUGCCACCCGGGCCCCCAAUCGUUGUUGUACCAGAUUUCACAACAAUUCUGGAUUUUGUCCGCCCGCAGAGCAAUUCGUCACACCCUAUCGCAGUGUUACCGAUGCUUCCGUGUCCAACCUUCUUGUGUACAGCCAUUCAUGGCUGAUUUACCUCCCGUUCGUGUAUCGCAAGUCAAGCCAUUCGCGCAUACCGGUGUCGAUUUCGCCUGUCCAAUUUCCAUUACCCUUGCGCGAAGGCGCGGCGCUAAGACUCAGAGGGCUUACAUUUGCCUAUUCGUUUGCAUGGCUACCAAAGCCAUCCAUUUGGAAUUGGCUUCUGAACUCAGCUCCGACGCAUUCUUGGCCGCUUUUCGGCGCUUUGUCACUCGCCGCGGGCGUUGCACUGACAUGUAUAGUGAUCAGGGUAGAAAUUUUGUCGGUGCUAACCGGUUGUUGGUACAGUAUUGCCAGCAGUCCGUCGACCAGUGUGAGGUGCGCUGGCACUUCAACCCACCCUCCAGUCCUCACUUUGGAGGUCUUUGGGAGGCCGGCGUCAAGUCGGUAAAGAAACAUUUGUUUCGUGUGAUAGGCUCUCAAAUCCUGACUUUCGAGGAAAUGUCGACAGUGUUAACUCAGGUGGAAUCCAUAAUGAAUUCCCCCCCAUUAUGUAGUUUGAGUUCCAAACCAAACGAUUUGCAUAGCCUUACUCCUGGGCAUUCUCUGACCCUGGAGCCCCUAUCUGCCCCUCCCGACGACCCUUUAGCUAAUCUGAACACUAACAGACUCACUCGUUGGCAGCUCAUGCAGCAGUUGCAUCAGCACUUCUGGGACAGAUGGCAUCGGGAAUACCUCCCCCAGCUACAGCAACGGCACAAGUGGAACACCACGACUAACCCCCCAAAAGUUGGUCAGUGGGUUUUAAUUAAAGACGAGAACCUCCUCCCGUUAAAGUGGCUUCUGGGCCGCAUCACGCGCUUGUACCCCAGUUCCGACAAGGAAAUUCGCGUUGUGCAAGUGCACACGGCCAAAGGCACUUUCGAUCGACCUUUGGUCAAAUUAUCUUUUGUCCCUAACUGUUAA